AUGGCCGCUCGAAGACCGAAAUCUGGAUUGUCUGCAACAAGUUCGGAGUCUCCAACCGACGCAGCAAGCUCAGUAGAUGAUGACUUGUAAGUAAAAAUUGACACGAUAGUUACUAAUUUCCUUUGUAGCGUUCUAAGUGUGAUUGUAGUCUAUCUUUGUGCAUUGUGGUUUUCACUUGUUUCUGAUCAUUGAUUUAAGGACGCCUCAGUGAAUAUAAUGUCUUUUUGUGUGAUGCUGUGUGUAAUAUUAGUCGCAUUGUGCGGAUAGUUUUGUAAAGUUGCAUGGAAUAAAUGUUGUCCCUAGGAUUUCAAAACUCGUCGCAAUGUUAGUCCUUUAUACUCCCUACCUCUCCAUGCCAUAUGCCUGUAUAAAGGCAGAAAAAAAUUAAAUGCAUUGAAUAUAUGAAGCUGAGUACCUUAUGUACAUGUUUCAAAAGUUGUGUAGUUAAUGAUUAAUAAUAACUUAUUAUUUGUUAUUUGUUAGGGAACGCGUCCAAAUAUCGGCAUCGGGUCACACCGAUGCCGAUCAAUUGGGCACCGAUUUUUUCCGAUUCCGUUGAAGGUCGGACCCGAUUUUAUCGGUACCGAAUGAAACGGAAUCGGCAACGGGUCUCAAGUCUUUAUCGGGCCAAUUAACUAAGGUCAUCAAAAAUAUCUGGCAGCUCAAAUAACCCGUCACAAAAGCAAAAGCAAAAGCGUGAAUGUUGUUUUUUAUAACCUUAUCUUUCUUAUAAAUGUGUCUUGUUUGAACCGAAAUUUAACGUCACAGUUUCAAACAUUUGUUUGUAUUUCCUAUGACAGAGUAUGACCAGAAAAUAUUAAAUUUGUUUCUCAAAAUGGGCACGAGAAGAAACAGCAGGUCAUUCAACAACGUUGAAGAGCAUCUUUUGAGUAAAGACAGCACAAUAUACAUUGCAAGUGUACGAUCUCAAAAUGAUAAUUUUAAAAUAGCUUGAGCCUGUGCUAACCAGAACCCAAAACGCAUGAUUAUAGGAAUCUUUGGAGGAAUAAACGGUUUAGGACUGUAAAUGAAAAAAACAGAAAGAAGUCAGAACAUCCACGACCAAAAUGCAAAUGUUGUUACCAUGUUGUGUACUUUAACUGCUAAAUUGCCACAGGAGAGAAGAGGACAUUGUCUGAGAAUCAGGCUGCAAGUUGUUUAUUGGUUGCAUAUGAACUCAAAAAAGUGACUGAUGGAGGCGUUCAACUGGUUUUCUCUUUCUCGAUUCUCUUUCCGCUAUUAAAUUGAGUCGAACUUACCGGAUGUAUGGACAGUUUGCUUUGGUUGAACACUCCGGUAAAAAAGGUUCUGAUUUUUGUCAAAAAGUCAGCCACCUAGAGUCAAGUGCAAAUUUUUCUAAGUGCUGAGAGUGAAAAGCAAUUUCACGUGGCACCAUGCUCAAGCUCACAGAACAUACAGCAAAGUCGCUAAGACAUUCUCUCUUUCGUAGCUCCUGUAUGAAACUUCAUUCCGUGUCUUCCGUGACUCGCGAGUGUGGGAAUCUUUCAGUUCUUGUUGCUAAUUCCCUGGAGACAAUCUGAGGCCGCAAUCUAAUUGGUCGGUAUUUUUUGCCUCAGAUCGCAUUACACCUUGCGUUUAGGAUCGUUGAAUGAAAGAAGCAAAGUUUCGUAAAAGUUUAUCCCGUGGUUUUAUAUUAUCCAUGGUUUUGCUCUCGCUCCGCUGGCUAGGAAACCCGUUGAGGUCUACUUGUAACAAGUCUAUGAAUCCAGUUGUGUUUCGAGAAAGUGAGUUCCGGCUGUGUUUUUGGAUUACAUUGUUAGAAAGUAUCGAGUAAAGAACACACUACUCACUAAGGUGUUUUGUUUGCUAUAUAUCAACGAAGAACAGUGGUGUUUUGCGUCGUAAUAUUUAACUCCUUCUAAUUUUCAUAGAAUAAAUGUUAUGGAGCAGCAUGGUGUUUGCGAUCGACUGGAGGAAAUACCUCUGCAAAACGCCGAAAAUCACGUGUAUAGGCACGCAUCAAAUCAACAAACUCGAAACACAACAUGCAGGAACAUACAAUAUUGCUAUUUGUUAUGGAGUAGGAAAAAGGUACAGUCGAUUGAAAUUACUUUGGAGUGAAACGACUCUUUCCUUAUUUGGUUUCGUGACACGCUUCAUUUUACAUAUCAGAUAAAAUAAUAUGACGAUGAGACAUAUGAACAUCGGAAUGUCAACUGGCUCCGAUUGAAUCGGCAAAGUUUUUAUCGUAAUCGGAAACGGCAACUGGUGCCUAUAGACCGGUACUGAUUCCGAUCAAUCGGAAAAUUAAUCGGGUCCGUUUCCCAUGAUCGGGUUCCCUACCGAUAUUUGGACGCGUUCCCUUAGUUGAAAGUCAGAAAACUGGAACACUAGAAUUAUUUCUGGAGUCUUACAGACUUUCCAAACCCCAAGAGGCAAAAAUCUCGAGAUUCUAAACCUAGAGCUGGGAAAAGUAAUGAGAAGUGGGAAAAAGAUGGGAAUAAGAAGCCACAUAUCAUUUUAAAGAUGGAGCAGUAAACAUCACAAUCAUCGUCUUCAUCGCUGUUAGCGUGCACACGUUUUUUUUAGAUUGAGUUAGCUAUCUAAACUUGGAAACCAACCCUCAAAUUACAUGUAGAAAUCAGUUGUCAUCUCAUCAGAGUGAGAGAUUGGUUGUGAAAUUGUGACUGAUGACAUAGUCGUGUUACUAGCUUGAAAAGUCUGGUUUCAUCGUGUAAAAAGGUAAAAAGGCCACUCAGGCUUUAGAAAACUAAACCCAAGCCCUAGGAUUUCAAAUGCCUUGGAAAACAAUUUUUCAGUUCCAUGGCCAUAAAUAAGAGGACACCACCCUUAACAAUUUUCUGGUUCUGUAAAACUUCACUGAAACCCACCUCCUAAAUGUUUUUAAUCUUUUGAAGUCACAUAUCUUUUUCUUGGUACUGGAAGCCAUUAACCCAGUAAAUGUUCAAUGCAGUUUAGGAACAAUUGAUUCAAGAUGGUCAGACAAUAUAAAAUUGAUAGAUGCUAAACAAUGUUUUAGUUUUGUUUAUAAGCUGAGUCAUCAUAACCAUAGAAUUUCUAUGCGUGUUUUAUAAAGAGUCUCAGUGGCUUGUGUUUUUGUGAUUUGCUUGUGUCUCCUGAUCUUUGUUGUGAUUGGUCACUAAUUAAUAAACAUCCCUCUGCUGAAUUAAUUAAGGUGUCAAGGUUUUCUGAGUCUGACAAUAAAGUAAGACAAAUUUUUUUGACAAUCAGAAAAUUGGUAAUUUGUUUUGCAGUGAAAAAAAGUUGGCCUAUUCGGACAAAUCUGUAUGGAGCCCAAGGCCUUAUACAAUAUUUAAGCUGCUCUUGUCAGCGAGGUUCUGCUCUGCCUUUCUUAGUAAUAUAUCUGACUGUGAUGAAACAUUUAAUUACUGGGAACCAGUAAGUACAAAAUUUAAUGGCAAUUUUCUGAUGCACGCAACACUGGGCUGUAACUAAGAUUUUAAGUUGUCCUGUAUAUGUUGUAGUUAAUUUGUUAUCUCAGGUAAUUUUUAUUUUUCCUGUGUUUUAACUUAAUUAACAUACAUUACCAUUCCCAAAAACAAAAGAAAAAUGAAAAUUACCUGAGAUAAAAAAUUAACUUCGACAUAAUAUUUUACAGGACAAAUAUAUUUUUAGGUUAUUUUUUAACCUAGUUUAUUUUUUCCCUUUUGUUCUAACCAGCUUAUUUUUAAACCUAACUUAAACCUUAGCUAUGUUAGCAAUCUCAUUACUCAUCAGUUUGUUUCCUAUCUUUCAUUUUCUUGUUGUCCAUGCUCCCAUCCUGUUCUCUGUCAUAGUAACAUCCACAGUUUAGUAAAUUACAGCAUUUGAGGAGCCAACAAAUUUACCUUUCUUAAGUAUUAUUAUUCUAAAUGACAAUUUCACAGUAAAAAAAACUCUCUACAGUCAACUCCCGUUAUUGGGGACACCCUUGGGACCGCAGUUUAGUGUCUGUAAUAGCGAGAGUCCAUAAUAACGGGGUGGGAGAAAAAAUUCAUUGCUAUUGGAGGAAUUGCAUUUAUUCACAUUGUACAUUGUCUCCAGAACCAACAGUGCAGUUUUUCGCACAAAGAGAGCAUCAGAACUUUAUUUAAAAACAAGAAAAAUGGUUAUAGAACAAAACUUACGUCUCACUUUCGUUUACCACAACGGUCACUGAAAAAUGUGUAGUACGCAAUUUGCCAUAAAGUACCAUUCUAGAAAAACCAAGUUAUGUACAUUAAGUACGUCAUGACUGUCUGUUUUUUGCAAGUAAGUACGGUGGUUUCAUAGAAGGAUCAUGUUAAACAGGAAUUAGAAUGUUCACUUUUCAAUUAAAAUUACAGAGACGAAGAGAAGAAGAGGAAGAAAUAUUUAUAAUCGGAGAAAAUUUUGCCAAAAUGUCGAAAGAUGCUGAUUGAUGUCCGUUUAAACGAGAGUUAGGAUAAUAAAAUUGUGCUGUCGGGACUGAGGAAGGUGUCCGUAAGUCGAUAACAGUGAGAGUCCGUAAUAGCAGGAGUUUGUUUCAGUGAAAUGUAUGUAAUUAUCACUGGGGAUUUAGCAGCCGUCUGUGUUAUCGGGGUGUCCAUAAUAGCGAGGUGUCCACAAGGCGAGAAUUGACUGUAUUCUGACAAGCAUUCCAACCUCUUUCCACAUGUGUGUCCUUUAUGGAACUUUGACCUUUUAGAGCAAUCUGUUAUUUUUAUUUUUUUACCCCUUUCCAGUGUUCAAUCUAGGCCACGUUUUUGCAUCAUUGACACAGAUAUAUUCUAUUCUGACGCAAAAUGAAUCGUGGAGUCAUACUGAUGCAAAAAAAGAAGUUACCUUGUAUGUACAAGUACUUCCAACACAGUGGCAAUAAUAAAAGUACAUUUUGCAAAAUAAGUGAGCUUAAAAGCCCAAAAUGAAUGCGCAAAAUGACUGUCGCUUCAGGCUACCUACGUACGAGUAGUUUUUGGGUCAGGCGUUCCAUGCAAUUCCGGGAGAGACUGGAACGUACACUUUGACCUUCUACACAUGUUUUUUUGCUGAUUGACAAUAAUAGUCUUUAUUCAAUCAAAGGAUAAAAAUACAUAUUCUAAGUUACAGUGGAAAUGUAUUAAAAGAUACACGAUAAAAUACAAUAGUAAUAUAAGAAGAAAAAUACUAUACUAAAUUAUAUUUAAAGUAAGUCUAUUUACAAAAGUUUUCUUGUAUCUCUCCGUUUUUAUCUGAGGAAGGUGACACCUCCUCCUACGCAAAUUGUGUGCUAAUUCUUUUUCUUUGGGAAUGAUCGCACCUAGCAUGAUUAUUAAUAGCUCUUUUGAAAGCAGAUUUAUCUUGCUGUUUUAAAAGAUUAAAGAUGCUGGCUGUUUGAGAGGUAAAAUGACGCUUAUGGCACCUGUCUGAAAAAAGCUGGAUAACAUUUAAAUCAGAUUCAGAAGCGCCAUAAACAGCGAGACCAUGUGUGAGAAUGGGAAUAACUAGGUUUUUUAAAAAGUGAUCUUUUUUCUUCUGGCUAAAGAGUUCCUUUCGUAGAGUUCUGAGAAUGUGAAGACACUUGUCAGCUUUUGUAAGCUUGAGUCUGACAUGCUCGCUAAAUUUAGAAUUAGGCUGAAAAUUCAGUCCCAGCAAUACAAGGCUAUCACAUUGAGGAAUGUUAUUGAUGGGAGCGUACUGAUAGCGUGCACCGCUACUUUCCUUCUUUCUGAAUAUCAGUUCUUUACACUUGCUCGGAUUACACAGCAUCUGAUAGGCUUCAUUUGUUCGUUUUGUUCUUUUGUUUUUGUUUCAUUAUGAAAUGACAACAAAAGCUAAGUUUAUUUUUUUGCACUAAAGAAAUUGGCAGUUGAACCUGAAAAGCAUGAAGAUGGGCUGGCCAGAUAAGGAUGGCGGUGAAGUAAUAAUAGUUAUAAUAGUUUGACCCAGACCAUUACUGAAAUGACCCAAUUUAAAAUGCGAAUUGUGGGACAUACAUGACUGUAUAAUCCAUUUUGACUGCCUUUCUCUGCAAGUCAAAAACAUUAUAUUGUCACAUUAUUUUUCAUAAUUGUAAUGAUUAUUGAUAACAGUUGCUUGUUGAACACUCUUAUUAUCCCCAGAUGCACUUCUUAAUGUUUGGUUCUGGCUUUCAAACUUGGGAAUAUUCACCAAAGUAUGCCAUCAGAUCUUAUGCAUACUUGCUUUUACACACUCUUCCUGGAAAAGCACAGAUUGGAGUAUUUGAAGCUAAUAAAGUAAGACAAUAAAUUUAUUAAUUUACUGACAUGUAUCUUUUGACAGUCAUAUGUUCUCCUUGUAUAAAGUGUUUGUUGUAAUGAACUACAUUGUACAUAUUGCAUGAUAAUUACUGGUAUUGUUUUUCUAAUAAUGGUAAAAUAUCAUUGCUAUCAUUGAAUGAUAAGAAGAAUUUACUUUUAGAAUAUAGUAGAUUCUCCUAAUCAAGGGUGGAUCUGCCUCCCUAUUAAAUGUCUUGCACUGUCAAAGUUGCAUUGUAUUUUCAGAAGACGCCUAAUACAUUGUACUUACAGUUCUCAAACCUCUUGCAGUAUGAGGUUCUUCAAGGGUGGAUGCAGAAAAUUCAGAAAGGGGUGGCCCGGGACACUUGCCAGCUAAAUCAAUACUAUGUCCACUCAGCCAACCCUUACACGUAAAUGGCCAACAUGUAAAUGGCCUUGAACCUUUUUCAUGGGCUGUGUAAAACACAGAUCUUUAUAAUUCAUUGAAAAUUUAUGUCCUUGAACCAAGGCCAUGAAAUUGACAAUUGCAAAAUUCACGACCAUGAAAAAAAGAUUCAUGGGUUUUUCCUGAACAUUACAUGGGAUUUUCAUUAAACUCAUGUUGGUAGUGGUACUAAGCUAUGGUAUGGUAUUUUAAUAGGGUGCUGCUGUGUUUUUUUGAUUGCAGUUGUUGGUUUUUUACUUCCUACGCUUUGUUCUGUCAAUAGUCUGUGCUGCUUGUGAGACCUACUUCUACAGGUACAGCAGCUGUACUUUUAUACCUAACCGAUCUUAUCAUGCAGAUGGCAGGCACAUGUAUAUGUAUAUACAUGUAAUGUCUUGAAUGGUGAUUUUUCUCAGUAGACAACUUAGUUUAGUUCUUACUCUGUCAGUGGCAUGCUUAGCAUUUGGGCAAGCCAUGCAUUAAUUAGUUAUUAAUGAAUGAGGCUGAGUAGGAUAUGAAGAAUUAAGCUGAUCGAGGAGGGUGUUAUCCACAGAGGCCGAAGGCUGAGGUGAAUAACACCCUCCGAGAAUCUGAAACAAUACCUAAAAACAUGGCAAGAACUUCAUAUCCUAUUUGAAAUAUUUGCGGAGCUGGACAAAAAUUCAUUAAUUGCUUUAUCAUUCAUUCAAAAUAAUUCCUAGUUUAAAAACACAGCUAAAACAUGCUUACCUGCAUCAAUGUUAAGUUUGUCUUUGAUAGUGUACUUUUAGGUUUGUCCAGCUCUGCAAAAUAUUCUCCAAAUAGCAGUUGUCGCCUCCGAGUUGUCUUCUUGCUGUUUUUGCUAUGGUUUUAGCCAUUAUUUCAGCUAGUUCCAGCUGUAGUUCUUACUCUUGCAACAAGUGAAGUGUCUGCCAUUUUAGUUUCGCAACGAAAACAACUCAACCUCGUCCCCAGGUCUGCUCAGUUAACGGUGCAUUAACCUGUAGAAGGCUGCAUUUUUGACACCAUUUCCUCCUUAAACACAAAAUUUUUCCAAAUUUGAUCAUCGUUAACUGGUUAUGGUGAAUUAUGCAUGUGCUAUUAGUCAAUCAGAAUUGGGGAGAUAUUUUAAAUGAAUAAUAAUUUUUGUUUAUAAUUGUUGCACAUUAUACAUCGUACAAUGUACAUGUACAUGCCAUGCUAGCCACCACUAUCAGUAAACAUUAUCGACUAUUCUUUAGUUGCAUAGUUUGUUACAAACAUCAGUUUUAACCAUGGGAAGUUUCCAUUUUGAUAGUCAAGUGAUGUUUUUUUUAUCAGAAAUAAAAAUAAGUUAAGUACUGUAGUGCUGUACAGUAUGUGUAUUAACUCACUGGUCCUUUGUGGACAUUUUUAGGGGCAUAAUGAGGCAGUUUGGUAACCAUGUGGCAAGAAUUGCAGCUGUCUUUAUGAUUUUUAGCACAGGAAUGUUUAUAUCUGCAGCUGGUAGGUUAUGGUGGAAACCUUGGUUAUGCAUGUAUCUUAUAAAUACUUUCAAAAAUGUACACUACAGAAUAAAAGGUUAUAUAUGUUGAUUUUUGAUGCAAUAAAUUCUGUCAGUAGGUGUGGUUUCUGUCCUUCAAAGUUUCUGACCAAUCUAUAGCACAGUUUAAUAACUAUAUCUUCAAACAGUAUUUAUUUAAUAAAAUGAAGGUGUGAAAUAAAGGCUGUAGAUCAAUAAUGAUCAAAUCAAAGGUUCUCCUUUCAUUUCACAAACAUACGUAAGGCACAGUUGAAGGAGAAUCUAAGUUAUCUAGAGUCACUAAAGCCUUUUUCGCAUGGCACUUAAGCUGCCAAUAUUGUUUCUAACAUGAGUUCCAUUUUGUUGACUUUAUCCAUUAUGGAGGCGGUGCCAUGAUUUUUUGCAUGAGUUUUAUUUCGCCUUUUCAUCGUGCAUGAACCCACUAUCUUGUUCAACUGAACUAUGAUACAGUGUACAUCAUUGUUUUAAAAGAACAUUUAUUCAUUGAGUGACUGUCCAUUGGAAAGGAUGUGUUACAGAAAAGUAAAAGUUAAAAAACAAAAACGAAACGAAACUGUAUUGUGGGCUGUGUUUGCAUGCAUGUGUUUUGAUUUAAUGUUCUCUCUUGUGUAGUGUUUAUUAACCCUUUAAGCCCAAGUAUCCACAUACAAGUUCUCCAAACUGAUCUCCAUACAUUUCCUUAAAGAAUGAGUUGAGAGAAUUUGAUAAAAGAUCAAGGCAUUUUUUCUUGGGUGAUCACUUUAUUAAUUCUCUGUUGACAGUGUGUGGAUAUUGUUAGGAGAAAAUUGAUCUUGGUCACUAUUGGGACUUAAAGGGUUAAACUGUUCAUGAAGCUAUGAAUUAUUGUUGUUUGUAGCAUUUCUUCCAAGCACAUUUGCAAUGUACAUGGUUCUUCUAUCUUAUGGUGGAUGGUUUGCAGGAAAUUAUGAGGUAAGUCUGAUAUUCACAUUUCAUCUGCAUAAUGAAUUGAUUCCUUGGUAUUAUUCAUCAUUAGUAAAAUCCAACUAGUGGUGUAUUAUCAAAGCUGUAUUCUGAUUGGUUGAGCUUCUACUAGGCUAUAUGUUAUAGCCCAAUAGCAGCGAAAAGUGCUGGCUUUGAAAACUAAAACAAUGGCAGCUGAAUCGCGUUUUGCUAGCUAAAGUUGUUUUGUCUCAAUAUUUUCGACCAACUAGUUGGAUUUUACUAAAACAAUUUAUUCCUCUCCUUAUGGCCUCUGAGUCAAUAGCCCCUUCGGGCUCAACGAAUAAUUGUUAAAUAUUCAGGCCUCAGGAGGCUGCAAUGUACUCACUGAUCCAUUGUAACUUUCCAUGCCUUUGGGUCACUGAAAACAACACCUUAGUACCUGAACAGUACAGGGAACUUUAGAUUAAAUAGACUAGAGCUUCAAGCCUAUAUUGAUGUCACAAAGAGAAGAGUUUUACCAUGUACUGUAAGAAGCAAAUCUCAAUGUACUUACAGUGGUCUAAUUAAAUCUAAACGAACUAUGUACAAUAAUUGAUUUCUAAAAAGAAAAGUUUUCAAACGUUGCUUAACCCAUUCGCUCCUGCAGAUUUUGCCGAAAAACGCAUUUUGAAGCUAGUCGAGUGGUUUUCUGGUCACUGUCAUGCUAUAAAGAGCUAAAACUUGCCACAAACCAGUUUACAGGUCGUACACUUCGCAGCCUUCUGAUCCAGAUGUAAAAUAUCAGCUUGUGAAGUUCGGGCAUGCACAGAAAGCAAAAUUUCUCUCCUCCCCUCUUUUUUUGCUUUUCUUGCCUCAUUGUUUUUUCUCUUGCUGGGCAUUUAGUAGGCUUCAUUUUGGUGCGAAGAGAUUUUAGGAAAGCUUUUAGGAUCUUAGGGUUAGGUGAAAGGAAAGGUAGGUGGGCAAUGGAACAAGUUUUUCGCGGAGAUUUUCAGGCCAAUGUCACAUGGUUUUUUGCUUCUUUCUCUGGUGUCCUUGACUGAAUUGUGCUCAUUCUGGUAUGGUUUGAAAGAACUCUUCACUAUGCACAAGUUAGCAAACAAAGUUUUCCCUAACCGUUAAAACUGAUGACGUCACAAGGGUAGGAAGGACGUGGAUCCGCAUGGGGGGUUACAGGCGGUUCAGGGACGAAUGGGUUAAAUGUGGAAACAGAUUCAGAGUAUUUGAUACAAUUAGGUAAACUGUUCCAGAGUUUUGGUGCAUAAUGUGAAAUGAGUGCUAGCCAUAAGUCACGGUAUUAACAGGAGGAACUUGUAAAAGCAACCCAUUAGAUUAGCGGAGUAAAUAAGCCGGUUGAUAUUUGACAAGUAGUGAAGACAAAUUGUCAGGAGCUAAGUCAUUUAAAAUUUUAAAUGUAGUGAUCAAUCUACUGCUUAAAUAAAACUGUUGAGUAACCUGUCAUGUACCCAGUAUAAAACAGGUGAGCUCUUCUUUUAUAUAAAGUUAAUGGUGAUGGCAUCUCAAUGAAAAUGUUAAAGGAGAGUAAUUUCACUCAAGUAAUGUAUGAGCAUUUGAACAAGGUAGUGUCAGUGGUGAAAAAGCCCACAGACCCCUUUUUACGAUAAAUUUUACUGUGUACAAAUGCAUUCAGUCAAACCAUAUGUUUCUGUGCACACACAGAGAGCUGUUAAAUCGCUUACUUUUGAGUGGUACUGUACAUGUACGUCUACAUAAAAUUAUUGGAUGGACAUAUAACUUAAUACAAGAUAUGUUAAUGCCAAAACAUCCAGAAAUUGUCGAAGAAGCCAGGUCUUUGAUUUAACUUCAGUUGAGCUAAAAAUGCUCAAAUUCAUACGUGUAGCAAAUUGAAGGGUUCCCAACAUUUGGAUGCCUAAAAGUUUUGUCAAGGUAAAAAAAUCAUUCCCUUUGCACAAGAACUUACUUGAUAAUUGUAUCAUGAAUUUACUGAUAAAUGUGAUUUGAAGUUAUUGUUUUGCUGUUUUAGGUUGCAGUGUUGGCAACAGCUGCGGGAGCCAUUAUUGGUUGGCCAUUUAGUGCAGUUCUUGGGUGGGUAAUGCUUCUAAUGGUAAAUUUUAGCCAGCAGAGUAUACUACAUACUACAUACUACAUAAAAUACUACUAACACAUGUGGACUGCAAUUGCAGAUCAGGUUUGUUGCUUUGGGGGAGGGGGAGGGGGGAAUGUACCCAUCAUUUCUAUCAUCUACUGUAGGCUUAACUUGAUUGACACAAUAACAUAACUUGACAUCUUUAUGAUGCUUCUUCUUGAAUUUCUUGGCAGAAUUAUAAUAAUAAAUGUAAUAAAUUUAUUAAUACAAUCAUUAAAAAUAACACUGUUUUGUGUGUAUAGAAAAACUUCAAAUUUUAUUAAACAUGGCUGUCAAAAUUCAAUUGCCAUGUGGUAAUGUCAAGGGAGACAUGUAAGUAAGGAUAGAUUUUAGGAGAGGUUGCAAAAUUUGGCGGUCAUAGGUUGAAGGAUUUUGAGCUAACUCAACUUUUUAGUUGGGGGGAGGAGGGGGGGUCUCAAAAACCCCCUGGUCUGAUUAGGGAACUUACUUCACAGCUGUUUGCUUCUCUUUGCCAAAAAGUAAGUGGAGAGAAACAAAAUUCAAGAAUAAUAAAAAGACCCUUUAACUAACAAUAACAAUUUAUAGCAACAAUAAGCUACAGUCGACUGCCGAUAACUUGAACCUUCUAGGAAAAUUAAAAAAAGUUAGAGUUAUCAGGAGUUGGAAGCAAAUAAUCAGAAAUGAGCAAAUAAGCAAAUGGAUGGGGAGCGAGUGCAAUUAAGCAAUAAAGAAUACAUGGAUGGACACAAUUUGAAUCGGAGUGACAAAUACGUAAAGACAAAAAAUUCACACGGUUGUUUUGAAAUAAAUUCAAUGUCUUGUACUUCAGUACAUGGUUUACUUUGGGCUUGUCGUGCGCUCAAAACAUGGUUCGAGUUUUUUAACAAUUAUUAAUGAAUGAGGCUGAGUAUCUUAUGAAGAAUUAUGGAGAGCAGAUGUCGCCCUUUGAGUUGUCUUCUUGCUGUUCUUGCCAUGUUUUUAGCUAUUUUUUCGACUAGUUCUUACUCUUGAAAUGAGUGAAAUGUGCGCCAUUUUUCAAGUUCACAACCAAAACAACUCAACCUCAUCCCCAGGUCUUCUUGGUUAACGGUGCAUUAACCUGCAGAACGCAGCAUUUUUGACGUCAUUUCCUCGCUACGCACAAAAUUCUUCCAAUGGUGAAUUAAAGGUGUGGGUUUUUAGCCAAUCAGAAUCGGGAAAAAAUAUUUUGAAUGAAUAAUAACGAGGGUUAAAUUAUAGAAAUGAUCUGAAGGGAAGCAAAAAUUACUUCAAGUUACCAGGAGGUUUGAGCUAUGAAGGGUUCUCGUUAUUUGGAGUCGACUGUACCUCACACGUUUUAAAAAAUGCUCAUAGUUUUGGUAGUCUAAUGAGAGCCAGAAGCAAAAAACUACAUGUAUGUGCAGUUUGUCGAAACAUUAUUUAGUGUUACAUGCAAUUUGAAGUUGUAAAAAUUUAAAUCAUAAACUCCUCAUUAUUAAGUAAUCUAUUUCUAAGACAUAAUUAUGUUCAUUGCAGAUUACCCAUUGCCUGGGAUAUCUUGAUCAGACAAAGGAAAUAUAUGUAUUUUGUACAGUUAUGUCUCAUAGCACUGAUAGCCAUUUUGGUAAGUUUACAUUCCUGUAAAAGUUUACAUUCCUGUGAAAAUUUGUGACAUUUUUGCUAAUCAGGAGAAUAAUUUUCUUUUCUCAGGGCCCACUAGCCUAUAUAGACUCUCAUUUCUAUGGCAGGACUGUUAUUGCACCAUUGAAUAUAGUGUUGUACAAUGUGUUUGGUAAAGGAGGUCCAAGUCUUUACGGUAAUAACUCAAUGAUAUCUUUCCUUGGUUAACUUAUUACAAACCAGUUUAAAAGCCAGCUGCCACUUGGCUGGCUAACUCAAUUGAUUAAAGCACUGCACUGCACUUUGUCUCUAUUCACCCAGGUGUUUAAAUUGGUUUUCUUAGACAAGAAACUCUACUCCACUUUGUCUCUAUUCAUCCAGGUGUAUAAAUUGGUUAGCAAGAACAUACUGCUGGGGGGUAGCCCUACGAUGGACUUGCAUCCCAUCCAGGGGAGAGUAGCAAUACUCCUAGGCAUGCUGCAUGCUAAGGAAACCGGGAUAAGCAUACAGCUGCUUGGUCUUUUGGCUCGUGUACGCCCUCACCUUUACCUUAUUAGUAUUGUAGAGGUCAGGGUUCCAUCCCGGCAAGCAUGAAUGUUUUUAGGCUUUCUUUUUGUAACUUCUUUACAUGCGAUGUAUGAUCUUCUUUGCAUUUAGUUCAUAGAUACAUUGUUCAUUAGUUUAUUGAAUUACCAUGACGAAAAUUCCAACUGAUUUCAACUUCUUUUACCCACCCAGCCUACUUACAUUUGACUGGUCACUCUAUAGGAUACAUAAGUUACAUGUAGAACCACCCUGUACAGUCAGCAUAGCCUGUGAGCAAGCUCUCCAUUAGGAGGAGUCGGGAAAAGUCACGCGGGAGCAGCACGCGAAGGGAAACGCGAGUGUGAGGGGAGGGGAAAGAAGGGAGAGCUUUCCUUUCCUUCGUUCCUCGCGUUACUAGCGCGUUGUCUUGCGGUUAGCUUUGCUUGCCAUAAAUGGAGAGCUUUCUCGCAGCCUACAGUCAGCAUAGUAAACAGUACAAGAAAGUACUAUAUAUUAUCUUUCAUUUGAUUACUCCUUAGGAUACGUUAUUCUUAUCUGUACCAUGUUGGUGGUUGUAAUGUUUUUUCUUGUUUUAAUUUUACCUCCAAGGCGUAGAACCAUGGACAUUUUACUUCCUAAAUGGCUUUUUAAACUUUAAUAUUGUAUUUCCUAUGGCUCUACUUGCUCUGCCUGUUUGUGUAAGUACAUGAUAAAUGUUACUGCUAAAUUCAUUUAAAACUUCAAGUAUGCACAGUUAAAAAUGCUAAGCCAAUGCAGCUUUCCAUUUGAUCCUCUGGUGCCUAGAUCACGCUAAUAAAGGGUGACGCUCAUUUUCUGCGAUCACGUACUUUGAAAACAAGUGACCACAGAGCGCCAUGCAUGUAUACGUAAUCACAUCUUGUUUUGCAAAAAAGAUUGUAGCCAAAUACGUGCGUAGAAAAUGCGUAGAAAAUUGGAAAAUUGUGCGCACUUCUGGAAAAGAGCAUCCAAUGAACAAUAUGUACACAAAAAUAAUUAAUAAGGUAAUUUGCUUUUUAAGCUUUCAUAUCGCAACUUACCCUGGGUUAUCUUAAUCCAGCUUUGAGCAACCGGCCCGGAAUAUGACUGAAGUCUAGAUACUGAAUGGUUCUCAUACAAUCAUUUUGAUUGUCUCGAUGGACCCAGCCAUCCCUAAAACGUAAUCGAGUAAUUUGCGAAAACUUUCAGACAUUUAAAAUGUCGCCCAGUAACUUAAAAGUUAAUACUGUAUUAUCUUUUUUUGCAUCAGGUUUUUGUCAAGUUUAUAAUUGCGCAAACGCAGGAAAAGAAGUGUAAGUGAUUAACAAAGAUAUAAAAAGCGUUGUGGGUCUAACCUGCGAACAAGCUCUCCAUUUCGAGCAAACCAGGACAACGCGGGAGCGAGCGGCCCCACCUCUUGCUCCACGCGCGUGUCUUCUCCCGAUAUUUCUCACAUAGGGAGCUUGGUAAUAGGCUACCAGACCUAUUACAUGGGUACCGUCCAAGUCUGUAAGACAGAGGUAAAGGGGUUGGUUUCUAAGAAAUCGGCGGUGCUGUGCCCGUGGGGUAGUGUAAAACAGAAAUUUGACGGUAGAAUUCGGUUUCCAUAAUGUCAAAUCAUCUCUCCCCCAGCCAUCUGCGAUCCUUCCCAUCUUUCCCUGUUCGCGCACCUCACUCGUCUCCAGUACCCUCGCAUUGAUGCCACCCUUCCUGCUUUGGUUUGAAAUAGCCUGUAGAGGAGCGGUCAGGCAGGUGUAGUUGGGGAAUCACCGAAUGACGUCAUUCAAACGAUUGAAAACAUACUGAGUAGUACCCACACCACAGCACAGUAGGUAACUAUAAUGGUUGUUAGUAACACCCGGGAACACCCUGAAAUCCCGGGAAAAAACAAACUGUGGUCGUAAGGCGGUUUUUCACUCUAUCAGAUGUUUUUUUGAAAUAAAUUAGCCACUGUGCAUCGGUUCAGUAGUUCCAGUCCCUCUUCAUAACAAGUCAAAGGUCUAUGGCGUAAGCGUUGUGUAUUCACGUGAUUGAGAAACAAAAAAAAACGUUCCUAGUUGCAAAACAUAAAGGAUAAACUAAGCAAAAUCGAUAUGCAUUAGAAAGUGUACCCUGGGGAUUCUACAAAUAAGACUAUUAAAGAAGUUACACGUGUUUUCCUUUAUCCCUCCACUGGAGUCCGCGAAAGUGAAGAGACUGCUGGCGACCCUGCCACUCCCGCCCCCCUAAACAAGAAAGACAGGGUGAUCCUCCUCGUUUCUACUUUCGGCCGGUCUGAGACUUGUCCCAGGAUAGAGCAAUCUCCAUACCUUAUUACCAUAUCAUCGAUAACAAUCAUAUUUGUUUUCAAAUUAUUAAUUUCAAAUUAAGCUUCAGUCCUUAUCAAAACAGUUCCUUACACUUAGUUGAUGUUCUUCUAUCCCCCGUCCCCCCUCCCCCUCCGCAGAACACAGAUGGGUCUAUCUUGCCCUCCUGGGGUUGCCCGCAAGUAAAGAUUUUGUUUUGCCCGUGCAAAAAAUCCUUUAUUUGCCAAUGUGGUUCGAUCAAGUCGGCAGAAUAUUGACUCUGUUCCCUCAAAUUCAUCUUGAUCCAUAAAACCGCAAGCCAGCUAUCUUGGCCUGGCGCUUGGUUAAUAAAAAAUAUGAAUUUCCCUAAAAUAACUUGACUAGCCUUCUUUGUUUUAUCACCUUUCUCUGUUUAGUUCCCUCUUCAGUAUUACCAGUCUGGCUAGCAUUAUCUGGAAUGUACAUCUGGAUUUUAAUAUUCUUUACCAGACCUCAUAAGGUAAGAAAAAAAACUAUUUUGCAGCUUCGAGAAAACUGUCAUGUAGAUUCUUGACAGGAGAGUUUAAAGCUGCCAUAAAAAUAAAUGAGCCAAACUUGAAUGAAGGGAUACCAAGGCGUUCCUUUGCCAAAUGAACCCCUACCAAAUUCUGAUCUGUUAAAAACCAAAUUAGCUGUUGGGUGACCUGUUGCGACCUGUUGAAAUAUCACGAGUGGUAUUUAUGCCAAAUAUCACGUACAAAUCAUGCUAUUAUUUGUUUAUACUACUAACCGCAAAAGGUUUAUAAUUUUCACAUGUAGGUAUUUCAAAUUAAGCUGAAAUUCCACUGCUCUAAGCCAAUCAAAUUGCAGAAAUUUCUCAUGUAGUAGUAUACUAAUUUUUCUGGUAGGAAAAGUAAAAGAAAGCUACCAGUCGUCCUCGUCUUUGAUUCUAGAGGGGGGUCUCUAUUAUUGGUGAGAGCUGGAUAACGACUGAUGGGAAUAAGAAGGCAAAUUUGAAGCUUUUUUGCUGUGUUAAAAACAAAAGAAUAAUACAAUAAUGUAUUGCUAACUAAUGACACAGGUGUGUUUUAAUUGAUUUAUUUUGUGUUAUAUUUCUGGUCUAGGAGGAGAGAUUUUUAUUUCCUAUUUAUCCCUUCGUCUGUGCGUAUGGCGCUGUGACUCUCACAGAGACACAAGUAUGUUAAUUAUUAUUGUUCCAUUCCUGUUGACUUUAUAAUGUUUUCAUCUGUCGCGAAAGUAAGCUCUGUCGGUAGAGCGCUGGUGUUUCACGCCGAAUUACAUUAUGGCACUGUUUUGGGGACGCCUCCUUUAUUGUCUAUUACAAGAUUGCGCGGGAAGGUGGACCGAAAUUCGUUCCCUUAAACAAUGCCACAGUCUAUCUUAUUCGACGACACAGCACCGACUCAGUGUAUGGGCAAGUUCAAAAUGGACAAUCAGCACUUUUUAUAGUUGUUUUUGUGUUGAAACUGAAACACCAUGCAGUCUUGUCGUGUCAGCAAGUAAGAAAAGCGAUAAUUCUGAAGGCCAGAUGCAAAAUACGAGGAGAUUCGUUUACACUCCAGUCACUGCUUGUCAUUAUAUCAAUUUAUUUCUUUCUAGUCAAAAGAAAUUUUGCAAAAAAAGGGGUAAUUGUGGUCAUCGGCAAUGCUACGCAACAUGAAGGUGAAGUCAGAGAAAUAAGCUUGACCAGUUGUGUCGAAAAGUAUGUAUUUUUCUCGUUGUCAGAAGUCAGUCUUUCUUCGACGCUAGUCAUCGGCGUGCUAUAAGAGGUGAAGGUGAAGCGUAAAUUGUUGCGUCAGAUAGAUAAGCAUCAUCUUGUAAGUCGAAAGUUUUUUCUUCGAUGCAAGAAAUCACGCUCUAUUUUCUUCGACAGAGCAGGCUACAUUUCAUGCUUAUAGGAAAUAGCAAGCCGAUAAAAUCGCAAGUGAAAACAGACAUAACAGAAACUGUAAUAGCGUUCUCCCUAUGGAGAGCUAUUUUUUGUAUCUGUGACUUUUAAAACUUUCAUACUGUUUUCUUAAUGUAACUCUUAUAAUGUUUUUUUUUUUUUUUUCCCGCAGAAACUUUUUCAUUUCCUGUUCUUCAGUAACAUGAGGCAGCAUUACGCCGCCUCUUCAACCUGGUUUGCAGUUUUCGUCAGCGUUCUUUUUUCUUUGCUGUCUCUUUCGCGAUCUAGUGCUCUUUAUUAUGGUUAGUAUCAACUCUCUUUUGCAAGGUUCAUUGAAUAGUUUCAAUAAUUUCCAUUAUGAGAGAAAAAAAGAAAAGAAAUACAGAUUAAACAGUAGUACAAUGUGAAGGUAAUGCUUAGAACGUUUCUUGUGAGUGUUCACUUCCAUAAAGUAUUUCAUCCACAGAGCUAAAAAGUAGAAUCAUAUUGAACACAACAACGAAAACUACCACGGGACAUUAAAGCUGAAUGUACUGGACAGUAGUUUACAUUUGAUUUGCCAUGCUAGAAGAUUUUGAGUCAAAAGUAAAACCUCUAUGACUAACAGUACGAUAGUAAAGUACUAUUCGGUAACACACUCGUAGGAUUUUGUUCUUAUACUUAAAAAUCAGAGCCAACUUGAACAGCAUAACAAACAUUUCCACGGGAGAGUACAGCUGGAUAGCCAUCAUUUGAUUGGUCACACCAAAGAAUUCCGUCCCCGUACUCAAAAGUAGAACCGCCCGAUUUGCUUUCUCUUGAAUGGUCACACUUUAGGAUUUCCUCCUCGAUCACACUCCUAGUGUAGAUCUAUCUUAUACUGCAUAAAUAACAUUUCUACUGGAAAUUACUUCGAGUUUGUAACUUUCUGCGCAUUUGCUAGCUACAUAGUGAACUCAAGUUUUUCCACAGGGCAUUCGGCCCCUCCCGUUCAUUAUACUGGCACCGUGUUCGCCUUCUUUCCCUGGAAAUCUCUCAUGUCAGUCUUAAACCCUUCAUCAAAAUAUAUUGGUAAUAUAUUAGACAUCAAGUUGUGAGGAAACAAUUACGUUAUAGGACGAAGCAGGUAUCCAACCUAUGUGCUCUGUACGAAACUUUGGUAGCUUAUUGGCAGGUCGGAGUGUCUUAAUGAUGUACAACCCGCCUAUUUUGUUUACCAACCUCGUGCCUGAGGCUGAGGUUCUCGCUUACUCGUAAGAGAGAACCCUGAAAAAGAGGCUGUUUAUGUGCCUGCGUUGACGGGCCCUUUCCCCUCUCAGCCACCGUUUUAUUGGCGUAAGAGAUAUAUUUACUUUUUUCUUAACGUUUAUUUGAGCUUAUUCCUAUUUAUCAACUCCUCUUGGUGGGGUGUAAAACAUGCUUCUAACUGUUUGCUGUUGCUUCCGUUGUUACGUUCAUUUAGAACUCGUCGCUUUGCAAUGUACAGAAGUGUUAGAGGGUUUAAUAACGUGAACGAACGAGAACCUUGAUAUCCUGAAUUAACGAAGUUAACGCACUCGUGUUUUCCUUCAAUUCUUGGCACUAAGGAUAUUCGUAUUGCUAGCUUGAACUGACGAAAUUAACGCGACUUUGUGAAUUUUGUGGAGAAUUAAUUUUCUAACAUAAAGAGUAAUUUAAGUAAAUCUUUUCUGUUAAAAGUGGCUAAAUGUUAGUCUAUUUUCCUAGGCUACCAUGCUCCUCUGGACUUGUAUGUAGAGCUGAACCACAUGUCAUCAACAUUAGAACAUCCCUUCCCUGCUAACAAGCGAAUUAACCUGUGUGUUGGCAAGGAGUGGUACCGAUAUCCAAGCAGCUUCUUUUUACCCUCAGAAAGGUAAUACUUAAAGUUUAAGUUAAAAUAUGCUGCUGUCUGGCAUCAUUUUUUUGGGAAACGUGAAGAAAGGAUGGGACAAAGUGAUACUUACCCUGAAUGCCAGAGGUUUUUCAUGCGCGGUUUCUGGUUUCGGUUAAGUCUUUCGUGUCUUCGGCCUUCGGCCGAAGACGUUUCUGCUUGCGGUCGACGAAGCUCCUCGUCGCACGCAGGGAAAAAACCACUGGUAACACAUGGUAAGAGAUACCAGGUAAGGAGUAUAAUCCCAAGCAACAGUUAAUCUUGAAUAAGCAUUGUCUUCAAUCUCUUUGGUGACGAUUGUAUUAAGAGAAACUGGAAACAAUAGUUAUGAAAAAUGCUGGGAGGCAAAGAAGGUUUAUCAAAAGAAAGUCCAUAAAAUAGCGACUUAGUUAAGGCAAUAGUCUUUUGAUGUGUUUGCCGUAUAUUCGAAGAAUGAACCCGUCAUCUUUGUUUGGAUCGAAUUAAGACCAUUACGUUACUAACGCUCUUUGCUUUCGGAAGGUGUAAAGGAACAUUUAUAUAACACACUUAUUUUCUUUUGCACCUUUGUGUGUCAGUGUGGAUGACGAAAUCAUGUUAAAUGCCGUAUAAAUUCCCAAACAGUGAAGUGACGUCUUUGCGGCGCGCGCCCGAGUCUCGUUCCCAGGUUUCUCUCUCUUCCUCCCUGGGAACGAGUUGACACGUUUAAACGAGUUCAUAUGAACUCCUGGGUGCUUCGAGGGUAAACAAGCAAUUUGGCUCCUUGACCCUUAAAAUGUAAUUUAAUUUCGUUUGUUUUAUAAUAUUCCCCUUAGCCGUGGAGCCACGCAUUUUUUCACCUAAUCCAGUUUGGACCAAGAAUGUGCUUAAACACCUUUAAUUACUGCGCGAGUCACAAAAUCGUGAACCUUUGAUUCAGUUUUGAUAUUUAAAAUCGCAAUAACGUUAAACAGGAGUCUAUCACAUGGGCUCCUGCGUUAAAGGAAUACAAACCUCAGUCAAAACCACGAACUAAUUUUCUCACGCCUGAUUGGCUUUUUUCUUGCAUCAUAUUACUUUUUCAGAAAUAUUUCCAGCGUUCACGGUUUAAUGAGUUUCUUGGUGAAAGAUGCGGUUACGGAGCUAACUCUCUUUGAAGGACAUUUUGUAGGGAAGUUAGCAAAAUUUGAAAUGAGCACCAUGCGUGUUUACAGUAAUGAGAGAAGCAGUGGUUUUAAGUACUUAAAAUUGCUUUUUUUUUGCUUAAUGAUAAGUUCAUAGUUUUAUUAUUAAUGAUUCAUAGUCCAAGGUUGUUCAAGGUUUAGCCCUCACUCAUAGUUCCUGCUUUUUCGAGUAGUGUUGAAUGUAGUGUUGUCUAUUUCUCGGAUUUGUUUAACUUGAAUGUCGAUCCUUAAAGUAGGCUUUCUUGACAAUUAAAGCUGACCUUGGGUUUUACCAACGCAAGGAUUCGUGUUUUGGAUGUCUAGUCCUGCCAUGCAGUUUCACCUCUAACAUUUUAUUGGUUCUAAAGUACUUUCCAUUAACGACUACGCAGGUAUAUUGUUCCUUGAUUUGUUAAGCUACAGGAUAUGCAGUAGCAUGUUCUCAUAGUCAGCUAACCCAAACAUGUCUGCAAUUUAGCUACGUGUGUUUAGUUCGUUAUUAAUUGGCUUGGUAGCAGAGCUAAAGAAGUAGCUUUGAAGACAUCCAUUUCCAGAAGAAUAAAAGUAACCAUAAUACUGACUCUUGUAGAUUUCCUUAGCAAAAGCCCUUAAAUGGUGAAGAACGGUUUUUUUACAGACAUCUUUAACUAUCAUGGCGGGGUAAACCUUGAACAAUUUUUGACUAUGAAACUAAUCAAAAAUAAGGAAUAAGUGAUGUAGGGUGUUAAUUUAUGAAGAAGAUGACCUGAGGUAAAGAGAAAAAGAAAGUGGGUUGGCGAGGGUCAAGUUAUUGCGAGGUUUGAGUAACCGAAGAUUCAAGCUGCAGAAAGUCAACCGUACCCUCUGUUUAUUUAUAUUUUUUUUUUGCUCCAAAUUUUGUUGCCAAUAGAGAGGAGAAGUCGUUACGUCACGUUGCCAUGGUAGCAAAAUUUUGAUGACAACAAACCGUUAAAGUCUCUUAAAAGUCUAACGCACUAUUUCAAACUUAACUGACCUUAUUCAGUUUCAUUUAAUUUGGCAAAUCUUGGCGAAAUUUUCUUUGGGACCGUAUCUAUUGUUAUCUACGUUUAGAAAAAGAAAGCGACAAUUUUUGUGUUGUGUUCACGUACUCCAUAAAGCGGGCUCGUGAAAUUAGGAAGUUUCAUGUCGUAGUGGUGCAACGACGUCAAAAAAAAUGUACAAAAUAGUGUGAUGCACGUGCAAAGUUGUCGUUUGUUAACAUAAACAUAUUAUUUUUUGCCGUUUUCCUUGCCGUCGCCGUCGUCUUUGAUUUUGUUGUCAUCCAGAAAUACUGCUACCAUGGUAGCGUGACGUCACACCUCUCUAUUACCACGUUUUAUAUAAUUUAUGGUAGGUGGUACCUCCAGUUUAUUCGCUCCGAAUUCCGUGGCCAGUUACCAAAGCCUUACAGCAACGCACCUAAUGCCACUAAAAUAAUCCCGACGCAGAUGAACGACAUGAACGAAGAAGAGCCUUCAAGAUAUGUAAGUAAUGGUAUGAUAAGUGAGUUAUUGAUCACAGUGAGUUAGUUGUGGUAGUAACUGCGUAAGUAAGUGGUAGAAGUGUUGGUGGCGAUAAUUGCGAUGAUGAUGAUGAUGAUGAUGAUGAUGAUGAUGAUGAUGAUGAUGAUGAUGAUGAUGAUGAUGAUGAUGAUGGCGGCGGUGUUGGAAUGUUGUAGGGAUUAUGCUUAACGAAAAAGUAAAAUCAAACGAAAAGAGAGCUUUAGAGGAAAAAAAGAGUGCAAAAGAAAGACAAGGUUUGAAUUCUCAUGGCGCACUUGUUUGUGCAACGUUGAUUUCUCCCUCUGUAUGUUGUUUUUAAAAGGUGUAGGCGCGCCGUUUUUAAAAGGUGUAAUUUAUCCGUUGUCGUCAUGCAUUGAUAUCUGAGAAGAGAGAGAAUAAAUAUCAAGCUUUAAAAUGCCCUGAUUUUUAACAAAUGUUCCUCAUCGUUGCCCUAAGAAAUGUGUGGAGAAAGGUUAAGAGAAUACGUUUUUCAUCUUCAGCCAGUAAUACAAGGCUUAACAUUAGCUGGUUAACAAAGUUGCAGAGAUUGUUUAACAAAUUUUCCACGAUGAUUUCAUGCUAUGUAUAGUUAUAAAAUAGGCCAUUUAACAUUUCGAAUGUUGUUGAAUAAUUAGAGAAUAGAGAUGGACUCUAUUCCGUUGAGCAAGUUUAUUCUUGUAACUGCCUGGUGUCAUUAAUGCAUUAUUCGUAACUUUCUGUAAUUCUUGGUGCCCUCAUAAAACAGUUCACCUUUUCGUAAUUUUCUUGCAAUUCCCCCUACCCCCACCCUACACAGUGUUAAAAAUCGAAAAAUUCUGGAUACACGCGUCCAACGGUGCUUCUGGAAUGGGGGAUGGGUUGGGCAUAUGUAAACUGAAAAAAGCCCCACAAAUGCAAAAGUGUCCCAAGACUUGUCCAUGGUUGAAGUGUUAUUAUUGAAAGCCCGUCUCAUGGGGCUCUUUGGUCUUUUUAAGAUUUCUGUUACAAAGUGCGACUUCCUUGUGGAUCUAGAGACAGGCAGAGAAACUGAAAGAGAACCAGACUUCGCCAAACGAACAAAAGAGUGGGAGGUUCUACUAAAAAAGCCGUUUCUGGACGCUGAGAGGUUAGUAAUGUGACAUGUUCUUUAAACCAGUGAGUUUUUAAGGUGUAAUUUGUGAAGAACAUGAAGAUAGAAGUGCAAAGCUUUGUAUUUUCAAGUCUGUUUUUGACGCAGAAUCUGACCAAACCUCUCCUCACAUACCAUUUUAUUAUCGCUACUCCUACCCUCAGGAAUUCCUCUUCACAAGGAAACGUUUGCCCUUUUUGCUAGAGUGUUCUGGUGACCAGUUAAUCCCUUUCCCCACCCUUAUCAAAGAGUUUACUCUUCCUACCCUCCCCUAAGGUUCUCUUUUGGGAUCAAUUUAGAUGUUUGGGAAAUGCCCACCUACCCCUCCCCUAAGCCAGCAUUAACUGUUACUUCUCGUUUAGGGCAAUUGUUGGCAUAGGGGAGGGGUAGGUGGGCAGUUUCUCAGAAACCUAAUUUUAUCCCUCUUUUGCUCUAAAUCUCAGAAAGACUGUUUGUUGUGUUUUCAGAUCUCACCGUGUCUUCAGGGCAUUUUAUAUCCCUUUCGUUUCCUACCGCUACACAACGUAUUUAAACUACGUCUUACUAAGAUCACUGCGCAAGACGAGCGCAAAGUCAAAGAAAGGAAAAGAUAAAGAGGAAAGUGCAAGUUAACGAAAAAGAAAAUCAUAGUAACCGAGCUUUAGGAAUGGGUGAUUGAAAAAAAUUGUACAGUACUAUAUUGAGACGCGAGAGAGUUGAAAAAAUCAGAGAAAUCCGCUGCUGUUUGUAGUUUUGCCUUAAUCGAGUUUACAAGGCUUGGGUCGCUUUCCAUUCAGCCCAAUAUUCGUGAAAUUUCGGUGGAAAAUCAAUUGUUACGUACCAUUUCAGGUUAGUCCGACCGCCUGGAAUAUUUGAAAGCACCUAUGAAAGGUCUUCUUUUACCGGUCAGGCCGAAAUUCUCCCUCCAUUUGAAAAAUUAUUGUCCCAGUAACGCUCUUCUGUACCUCUCUUAUAAGGACAAUAAUCAAACGCGCGGUGGCUUGGGUCGUGUCUGUGCAACGGGAAUUUACCGUUCCACUGGGCACGUGGGAUUUUCUGAAAUUCAAACCGAAAUUUUUCUUGAAUGAAAAGCGCCCCAAUUUUUUUCUCCCUCCCUCCCUCCCUUUCAUUUAAAACCAACUCUUUUUCUUGAAGGAUUAACAGUGCCACCGGAGACCACUGCUAAGUAACUUUCAAGUAACACUUAUGCGUUAGUUAGAACCACGUUGUACAGAGUAAUUAAGAAAGCUACCGGAAAGUAAUGCUCUGAAUGGUUACACGUUAGGAUUUCAUCCGCAGCUUGAAAAGCUAGAAGCACAUUGCGCAUUCACUGUAGAUUUCGUUUGAAUGGUCACGAUUUUGAAAUUAAUCCACAGAAUCUAAUGACAGGACAACCUAAAACAUUAACAUAAAUAAAGAAAACAACAAUUGCGAAGUUUGUCAGAGGUACCUUUUCAAAUAUGAUUGAGCCCCAACGCAGUUUUUGUCUUUAAUAUGUUCAUUCUGUAGCUAUAACUAUUUUCAUAUUUUCUUCAUAUAUAAUAUAUUAUUAUGCAGUCGCA